AUGACUGGUCACUCAUUGAUGGUGAUGACCAGUCACUCAUCGAUGGUGAUGACCAGUCACUCAUCGAUGGUGAUGACCGGUCACUCAUCGAUGGUGAUGACCGGUCACUCAUCGAUGGUGAUGACCGGUCACUCAUCAAUGGUGAUGACCGGUCACUCAUCGAUGGAGUUGACCUGUCCGUUCUGA